AUGCGGUUCUACAAGCCCAUCUUCUGCUGCGAGUUCGAGGGGGCUGCCGAGACGCAACAGGCUGUCGUUGAGCAAGACACGAAGCUCGGGACUGCUACCGUCUCAGUGGAGUCCGUCUCAGGCUACAAGGUCAAGGAGAGCCCUCGCGUUGUGGAUCGCUGGCUCGAUGCCGUCGUGCACGUUGCUGGAUCGCCCCCAGUCUUCCUGGUCAUUAUUGGCGGUCUUCUUGUAUGGGCACUGAUGGGUAUUCGCUUUGCCAACUCAGACGUCUGGAUCGCUGUUAUCUCUGAUGUGCAGGCCAUCCUGUGCUACGUGUUCGAUUCGUUCCUCAUGCGCCAGCUGCUUCGAGAGUAUUCCGAGCAACGGUCUGCCAUGGCUGAGAUCAAGUCCCGGUGCAACAGCCAUGACCGAAUGCUCGCCAAGGUCAAGGAGACGCUGGGAUCGGAAGGCAUUCGUCGUUAUGUCGAGGGGUACAAUAGUGAGCCUCUCCGUCCGCUUGACCAUGGGUUCCGGACGCAGAGCCGGUUCGCGCGGUUGAUCAUUCUUUCUGCAAAAAUGUUCGGUCAUAUUACCACUGUUGGUCUGUAUUGGGUUGGCAUCUUUGUGUGGCUAGGAUUUGGUCACCAAUUCCACUGGUCCGAUCGAUGGCAGCUGUACAUCAACGACGCCACAUCCGCUCUGAUGGUCCUGGUCUUUGCGUUCCUGGCUUGCCUCCGUGAAUGCUACGCUGAUUACACCAACACCUGCGUGGACGAAAUCUUCCGGCUCGAUGCUACCCUUGAGAAGGAGCUUCGCCACCUCGGUCAAGAUGAAUUGCCGAAUAUACCUGAGACAAUCAUGCCACCGAAGGAGAGCUACCUGCAGGUGGUGAUUUACUACUACGCCGAUGUCAUCGGCACAUUGGUCGGAAUCAUCGUCCUUCUGCUGGUUAUCAUUGCAUGGGCAGCCGCCGGUCCAGCCUUUCACUUCAACAACACCUGGUGGCUUCUCAUCGGUACCUAUGCUGGGUUGGUGGGUCUCUUCGACAGCUUCGUCCUCCGGAACGUUCAAGGCAAGGUACACCAAUAUAUCAGGCGCCAGAUCAGUGAUUUGGAGGAAGCAGACAAUGUCCUUUUCGCCGGACUGUCCUUGCCGAUUCCCGCCACCGACACCACGAAGCAAGCAUCUCUGACACAAAGGGUAUCUCGAAGCAUGGAUGCGGUCAGCUCCCAUCUACUCAUGGUGGUAGCUGGCUUUAUGCUCACCAUUGGCUGCAUCAUUACGUCGAGUGCCAUGAACUGGAGUCUGACCGGACAGUUGAUCUCAAACGUGCCGCCUAGCAUCAUCGAAACGUUCUUCAUGCUCAUCCUGAUCACCGGGCAGAACGAUGCGGAGGCCCAAGCUCGCGUUGAUUUGAGUAAUAUCUACUAUCGACGACAGCGACUGCUUUCGUUCGUGAAGCAUGUGAGGAGCACUGAGGAGCAGAUGCAGGUGCUUGAUAUGGAGGACGCUGCGUGA